GCUUCGCAGCGCUCCCUCCGACUCCGACCGGCGGUCGAUGGUCGAUGCAGCCGACGCAGCGGACUGGCUGGCACGAGCGCGUGCGCAGCGGCGUUCCUCGGCGUCCAACAUGGCGAUCGCGGGCAGCGGACGACCUUCGGACGGCGCCCUCCGUUGCUGCGCGCGUGCCAGGCCGGCACAGUGACGUCCUAGGCGCUCUUGCCGAGUUCCCGCGGACCCCGAUCCCGGUCCGCCCCGGGCAGGCCUCGACCGUGCGGGGCGGCUCCGAACGAGGCCGCCGGCCGCGAUGCCCAAGGCGGCUCAGCAGCGCACGGCGCCUCGGCGCUGGACCGCCGUCGCCGACGCCUGGGCCGGCCCUCCGCCGCGGUCGUCGUCGUCGCCAGGGCACAGCCGGGAUUACCGCGGCCGUCGCUUCUAGGUGGUCCUGCCCGGCCGCCCCGGGCAUGAAGCCGCUCUGGUGGCCGAUGGGGCCCAGCCCGCGCCCGCAUGCCUGAGCCCUGAUGGGCCCGCCACGCCGCCUGCUCUGCGCCUGCGUCCUGCUCCUGGCCGCCCCGACCGAGCCGGCUACAGCGGGCCUGGGAGCCGCGUCCAGGGCUCGUGGGGGCCCCACGUCCUCGGCGCCUGGCGGCGCGGUGCUCUGGUCCGAGCCCGUGCUGCGCCUGGUCCGGCAGCGGCGCAACGCGUCGGCCGCGCUCCAACUCGUCGAAGAGUCGCAGUCAUGGACGCCGUCGACGUGCACGAGGGCGUCGCUGGCCCCGCUCGGGGUGCGGCCGGGCAACCGGACUACGGCCGUGUUCGAGCGGCAAGUGCAGGCGGCCGUGCGAACGGCCAACCUGCUCACGUCGCUCUCCGAGCGCAUCCAGAACGACACGGAGCUGGUGUACGGCGAGGACCUGUAUUACACGCUGUCGCGCAUGAACGUGCUCAGUGAGGACGGACUCGUGGGCAGCGGCGUGCUCGUGCUCCAGCGGCAUCGGGACACCCCCAGCGCGCUCAGCGUGUUCGCGUACCGACAGCGGGGCGGCGGCAUCGCCUUCCAUCGCAAUUACAGCUACGACGGGGACUCCCUGGACCAGUGCCUCUGGUUCUCGCGGCUCGCCGCGGCUAACUACACCGAGUGGCUGCUGCGGCGCUACGGCACCUCGGUGCUGGAUGUGGCCAGCGGGCUCGAGCUGGCCGCCAGGGACGGGCUGUGGACGGCGCCGUACUACGACUGCGCCGUCACCGACGCCUGGGUGGCCACCUUCUCUGUGCCCUUCCUGGGCUUCCGCCAGAACAACUCGCUCCUCUUCAGGGGAGUGGCCACUGUAAAUAUCGCCUUGAAUUCCUUGGAUAUAAACCAGUGCGCUGAAGACGACUUGUUCUUCGCAGCGAGUCAUCGGUGUAAUCUUCAAAGUGCUGAGUGCGAAGCCUCCCAGGGCCUGGGCUUCCGACGCGGCAGCUACCGUUGCCGCUGCAAGGAGGGCUUCUACGCGCCCGGCGUGGUCCAGGCGCCCGGAGACCCUGGCGGCGCGGGCGAGAUGGUCGGUGAGGCGCUGGAGGCUUCGGGCGAGGCGUUCCACUGCCUGCCGUGCCCCGCGCGCUGCGGCAAUGCGUGCCAGGAGGAAGGACAGGCCUGCUUCGUCCAGUACAACAUGGCCUGGCGAAGCCUGGCCCUCGGCCUGCAGAGCUUCUGCACUACCGUCACCCUGGUGCUCAUGGUCAUCGUGUUCAGGCUACGCAAGUCCAAGAUGUUUGCGUCAGCAAUGUGGAUUCUUCUCGAAGUCAUCCUGGUGGGAGCUUUGAUUAUCUACCAAACAAUCAUAAUACGGUAUUUCGAACCGACAACUACGACGUGUUUAAUAGAACCUUGGUUUCGCGAGAUAGGAUUCAUCGUCCUCUACGGCGCGCUGUUAUUGAAAAUAUACAGAAUCCUGGCCGAGUUCCAGACUCGCAAGGCGCACCGGGUGUGCGUGCGAGACAAGGACCUGCUCAAGUACCUCUUGGGCUUCGUGAUGGUGGUGGCCGGCUACAUGUCCGCCUGGACGGCAGUCGUCAUGGACAACUGGGAAAAGGGCCACAGCAUUCUAGAGGUGGCCGUCACGCCAUCAUCGUUGCGCUACCUGCUCUGCAGAGCCCUCUGGUGGGACUACGUCACCGAGUUUGGGGAAGCGCUAUUCAUGCUUCUGGGCAUCUACCUAGCCUAUUGUAUACGCAACGCCAAAGUUGAGUGCUACACAGAAAAAUGGACUCUCUGCUGCUCUGUUUACAUCGAAACCCUGUUUUCCCUUAGUAUGUACAUAAUUCGGCACGCACUGGCAGCCGUUCUCGAACCGGACCACGUUUUCCUUCUAUACUUCGUCCGCUGCCAUUGCACCGUCACUCUCAUUCUCUUCCUCAUAUUCGCUCCAAAAUUGUGGUACCACCACCGACCUCCGAACCAAACAACAGAGCAUCGCAGUCGUCAUUUUUCAUCGUAUGAGAUUCCGGAUCCACAUCCAGAGAAUCUGAAACUCCACGAAGCCGUUCUUUCUAACGGAGAGGUGGAUAUUGCGGACAUAAAUCUGGCAGACAUGGAUCCGGAAGACAUAAGGGCUGAGCUUCGGCGCGUGUACACCCAACUGCAAGUGCUGCGGAACAAGACGAUGCGCAAGGACAACCCGCACAUCUCCAAGCGCAGAGGCGGCCGCAAAGUGACCCACCGACGGUUCUCGCUGCAGCCCUUCCACCACAAGCACAAGCCGCACCACCACCCGCACGAACAGGAGACCACCGAAGUCUCCAAGACGCCCGAGGACUCGACGGCCAGCGGCGAGGGCGGGCCCGUACCCGACGGGCCGUCCGUCACGAGCGUCUCGGGCAUCGGCAGGACCUACGACGACGUCCCCUCGACGCCGGUCACCCCUUCCAGGAGGAGCUGAACCCCGCCCGCUGCUGGGGACCCGACACACCAUGGCAAAGAGGACCAACGGAGCGUGCCAAAUCCAGGACCACAUGAUCAUCGCGAAGACCCUCCCCGCGGACCUGACUGUGUCGCUGAUGGGCCACAGCGAGCCGCGGCCGUCGCGUUUUCAAGUCGCUUGCGUCUCUGCUCUCCGGCGCCGACGGGGGCCCACCACGCCGGCCCGGAGAGCCGCCAGGCGUUUUUCUACGGCGUAGUCCCGUCGAGAGCACCCGCCGCAGUGAGAUGUACAUACGGGAGCCUAUCUAUAUUAGAGAGGGAGAAAGGAACAGGAGACCGAAGAGCGAGAAUGACCUGUUGACGCUUGCGAACAAAAACAACAACAACAACUUUCACGUCAAGUAUUAUACCGAUGCUCGCAGCGAGAGGCCGUGUUUACAAUUCAUAUGCAAUAGAUAGCCAAUGUUGAGCGAUACAUCUGUAGCUACAUGAUUCAACUUACGUGUUUGUUGUUGAACUUUGCUGAAGCUGUACGGCCCACUUACUCACUGGAGUUAUAAAAAAAUAUUUUGUUGGAUGUGAUUUACUGUUGUUUCAUCAGGUUGGCCAUCUUUGUUUCACCUGAAGGCCGACUGAUGUCCAAUCCUUCAAGACACACAAACGCGUACAGACAGACUACA